GGCAGCAGCAGCCGCUCCGGCGGCGCCCGCUCUCCCGCCCUCCCCGAGCAGCCACCGCCUCCCGCUCCUCCUCCUGGCGGGCUGCGGGGGCCGAGGCGGCGGGACGUGUCCCCCCCCCGGCCCCGGGCGGCACCGGCGGCCCCGGCGGGGCUCGGGGGGCGAUGCCGGCGGCCACGACGCCGGGGCUGGAGCCGACGCGCAGCGGCGCACCCGGCCGGGACAGCGGCGGCCCCCGAGCGGACACAGGGCACUGUGGACGUGUCUUCCCUCCCCAGCUUGGCACGCUACAGAUCAUUCAUGGCAACGGCACGGCUGUGGGGACAGUCAUAACAUUUCAGUGCUCCGCCGAGCAUGAGCUGGAAGGACCUGGCGUCAUCACUUGUGUCUGGAAAGGGAACAGUACCCAGUGGACAGCUGGAGUGCCCUCCUGCAAGCCCAUAUCGAAAUACGAGACAUUUGGAUUUAAGGUCGCAGUGAUUGCUUCCAUCGUGAGCGGUGCCAUCAUUCUGCUGAUGUCCAUGGCUUUUUUAACUUGUUGUCUUAUCAAGUGUGUGAAGAAAAGUGAAAGGAGGAGGACUCAAAGAGACAUGCAGCUGUGGUACCAGCUCAGAAGUGAAGAACUGGAGCACAUGCAAGCUGCUUACUUUGGUUUUAAGGGAAGAAAUAAUAACAACAAUAAGAAACUCAGGAACAAAUCAGUAUUCAGUGAUGUGACUAACAUGGCAUAUGAUAACCAAGGCUUCUACAGGUUCCAGGAGGAGUGGACUCAGGACAUCACAGCUCCUGGGUAUUGCAAAGACAACAAUCGGCUGCCGAAGUUCACCAGGAGCAGCAGUGCAGCUGUCCCGGAACACACACCUGCGGUGCAGACAGUGGAUUCAAUACAUGUCGUUGAAGUCUAUGGACACAAGGAGAGUUUUAGCAAACCAAGCUGUCAGUUACCUGGAUAGCUGGCAUCUGAAAUAUGAAUGCUCCUCUGGACCAAAAUGAAAUUUGGAUAGAAAUAUGUGCCUUAAGGACAACGUAGAGAGUUAAUUAUGCAUAUGAAUUUGAAAGUUUUCUAUAUUCCAGGCUGGUUACUUAACAGAAAUGCUUCAAGUUCUGAGACAAACAAAGAAAUGAAUGUUGAGGCUGGCAGUCUGUAGCAAUCCUCUGUGGUGCGGUAGGGAUUGUGGCCAUGGCAAAAGCAUGAUGUCCUUCUGUACAGCUAGAGAGAUGGUAGCCAGCUGGUGUCUUGGCCUCUUACAGAAUCACUGAUGAUGACACAUGCAUAAGAUCGUGCCCUUCUUUUAACCAGUGGGGUUUGUAAGCAUUUCAGAAUGAUAAUCCCCAUAAUUUUUACAGAGUAGUAUGAUAGAACUGCAAUAAAAUAUUGUUUUUAAUCAAAACCCCCUGUUGUUUUAUAUCAGGAAGGCCUCUGUUUCAUUCAUCAGCUCUGCAUUUGGACCAUGUGAGACUGGGUGCAGCGGAGGCACAUCUUUGGAUUCAGCACCUUGUCCCAAGGUCGGGGGGGCUCUUGAUCAGGGGUUGCAUGCAUAGGUUGAGGCGAAAUGGUUUUAAGCUGAAGUUUUUCCACUCGGCUUUGCUUCGCUGGUAUCUUGCCUCGUUCCUAGGAGAUGUGGUGCAAUGCGUGUGUUGCUUUCCUCCAGCAGAGUGGUGUUAGACCUCUACCACAGGGAAGGAGGCUGGUGAGAGGCUGCUGCCUUUUAGCUGAGAGAAAGUCUGAAAUAGUAAAGCUUUUUUCUUUGCUCACAAGGUCUUUGAAGAAACCUUGUGGCUUUGCUUUCCAGACCUACCUUGUUACAUGCAAUUCUAAUACACGUAUAAAAAUAUAUCUGUUCUUUCAGUUUUGAUAAGCAAUAUAUGCUGUUCCUGCAAUUUCUUGCCCUUCUGCUGUGUCUCAGUUGUUCCCUUUGCUUCUCCCUGCCAGGCUGUCUUUUAAGGAAGAGAUAAUUAU